ACAACCUCUCUCCAACCAUGACGGCCACCGCCUCUCCGUUCCCAAGCAAUCUCUCCACAACCACAACCUUACAACCCCCAUCAACGACCGACUUCCAGUUCCCACCCCACUACUUCUUCCCGCCCUUCUUCACCCUCCAACCCGUCGCUUCAACACGCUCGUCGCAACUCCUCUCCUGGUCCUCCUUAAUCCAAUCCUACUGCCGCCACAACCGCAUAUUCACCCUCUCGCUCAUCGACGCGCUCGACACACCACUCUUCAACAACGCAAAACUAUCCCGCCGCCUCACCCUGCGCGAUGCAAAAGCGAUCAUAAGCUGGAUGGCGAGCCCCGAGGGCGGGAAUAGGGCGGAAUUCAUCAGCACGGGCACGAAGAAGAGUGGUAAAAGCGGGGGUGGGGAGGACGAAGGCGGGAGGGCGUGGAUUUACUGGCGCAGACCCGAGGAGUGGGCUGCUGCGCUGGAGGAAUGGGUCGAGCGGACGGGGCAGAAGGGCACGGUUUUGACGCUGUAUGAGAUUGCCGAGGGGGAUGCGUCGCGGCGAGAGGAGUUUUAUGGUAUGGAUAUGGAGCUUCUGCAGAGGAGUUUGGGGGUUUGUGUGAAGAGGGGGAAAGCGCAGAUUUUUGGUAGCGAGGGGAGUGAGGGAGUCAAGUUUUUCUAAAGGCAUAGGGAGAUGUGGUAGAGGAAGAAGGAGCAUGAUACCCGAGGAUUAAGGAACUCAAAGAGCACUUGCAUUAGCAUAUGGCAUAUGCCCUAAAAAAGAUUAGCUGCCCUACUAUAUAGUAAAGCAACUACAGAAAGACAAGCUUAUCAUAAACACCCU